GGAUGUGCGCUAAUAUAGAUUAAGUUUUCUUUGUGUUUGUGUUUCCUGUUACCAUGAGUAUGCGCUACGCAAAAACAAAAAUUUGCCCAGAAAUAAUUUCAUAUAGGAAUAUUGCGGUUAUGAUCAUUAUUAUCACAGCGGUUUCCAGCGCGUUUAUUUUAAUUAAUACGGAAUCGUUUUGGAGAUAUUCUGUCCCGGAAAACAGAGAAACCAUCCAUUUCAAAAUUCUCUCCGACAAACCGAAUUAUACAUCGAAUAUCGUGACCGUUGUAACGGCUUAUUAUCCGGUUCCUUCGAAGCACAAUCACUCGGAAUAUUUAGAAUGGAUUAACAACUUCCUCUCGAUUAUUCCUUGCCAUUUAUACAUUUAUACAACAAGAAAUAUGUAUCCGAAAUUGAGACAUAUGCGGAGUAAUUAUACCGAUCGGAGCAGAUUCAUUGUAAGAGAAUUCGAUGAGUUAGCGGAAUAUGCGAAAAUGGACAAAUGGAAUUACAUCAAAUCCAUUGAUCCGGAAUGGUACCACACACCGGAAGUCUACGUGGUGUGGAAUCAAAAGUGGCGGUUCGUACAGGAGGCCAUCGAAGAAAAUGCCUUCAAUUCGGAGUAUUUUCUAUGGUGCGAUAUUGGAUCGUUUCGAGACACAAAUUUAGCGCAUUUACUAAAAACUUUUCCGAAUGUCGACGUCGUGCGGAAUAAAUUACAGGAUCAUUCCAAGCUGACCUUUAACUUGAUGAGUCCGUAUAACGAAGACGAGAGAGGGAAUGGGUCCUUUUGGCUGACCUUACGGAAUGGGAAUACUUUUGCCGAUCAUGUGGGUGGGGGGAUUGUCGCCGGACACAAAGAAGCGUGGGCAAUUUGGAUUCGCAAUUAUUACAAUAUGCAGGUGCUGUUUUUCAAGCUGGGCUUGAACGGCGGGAAAGAGCAGAACCUCAUGAAUGCGGUGGUCGUGCGGUCGUGGAACAAUGUUCAGCUUGUCCGGCCCGAAUCGUACUUUAACGGCACUGGCAAUCCUUGGUUUUAUCUGCAGUAUUAUUUCAGCUAGUUGAAACAAUAUUGUUAACCACUUGGAUCCUAU